AUGUUACGUAUGCACUACCCGAAAAUGGGAGGGUCUCGACAAACUUUCGAGGAAGCAUUGUCGAAGACCUUUGGGACACUUGUGCAGGAGAAUCACUUGCCCUCAGAGCUGACCCACUACCUUCAGAAAGCCAGACAUAAGUGGGGGAAGAGUAGUAAGGAGUAUAAGCUUAUCGAGGAGUUUACUGUCAUGAAGCUGUACCCCUUAGUGGACGAGGCUAACUUGAUUUCAAAGGACAUGUUCCCGUGCCGGAGGUAUGCGAUCAACGUUGAGAUAUUCGUGGAAAGGGUGCAUGCGGAAGGGGAGAGUUUUGAUCCGGAGGAUUAUGUAUUUGCUCGGCUCAGCCGCGAGAAGUCUCCCGAGUGUAAAGAUUUCAAAUCGAUUUGUACGGUUGGUGUUGAUGAGCGAGUGACAGUUCUUGGUGAUGAUGAAGGUACAUUAACCUACUCGCAGCUCGAGGGGCGACUAGAGGUUAUGCGGGAAAUCUAUCAUGUGUUUCAUAAGCUACCACCGUACAAGCGGGCCGAGCUGUGUGGGAUUAAGGCACCGCGGGAUCCGCAACAGAAGAUUGAUCUUCAUCUCCAUCCCGGCUCGGACCCCUGGCUUCCUCAUACGAUCAUUCGAGAGGAAGUUGCUGUUGAUCAUGAUAAGCCCAAGGCGCCAUCACCAGCACCACCAACAGCCCCUUCGCCUCCCACCCCACCCGAGCAAGAGCCUUUGCUCAAGGACAACGACGUAUCGGAUGGUGAUGAAGGGGACUAUGCAGUAAGGAUGGUUCGGUGA